UCAUUUUUACUCUCCGUUAUUGGCUUCCUUCUUUUCUUGUGUUGAUCUUGGUGAUGAAAGCGAUGGCGACUGAGUUCAUCAAAAACUGCUGCAAGGGCCUGCUGUCGAAAGAGAAAGAAGCUGAACCUGAAGCUAUAAAGGAACAUGUUGCUCCGCCCAGGUCUAGGAAGUCUCUGAGUGACACAGAGAGUGAACGGUCGCCGGUGGGAUCCGUUUAUGGGAAGAAGCGAGUUGGAUGCACUGAGCACUUCCUCCUCUCCAGACCCCCUUUGGAUGGGAGACAGGUCCCUUUUGUUGUGCCAACCCUUAAACCGUCCUACAUCCAACCCAACAGUCAAUUGAACUCCAGCUACCCGGAAGGACUGCAAGGUUCAGCCAGGAGUAUGUUCAAUGACAGGAAAGGGGAGCUGUCUGGUAUGAGUCAGCUUGGGAUAGAUCCUGAUGCGGUUUUCCACCCCAGCUAUAUGCUCCAUCAUGUGUCCCCGGGAUCAGUAAGACGUCCACCUCAGCAAGUAAAGGGACUGAACAAGCAUGGAUCAGUGUGGGACUUGAAAGGCAACAAGUCACCAGUCUCCCCAGGUUUAAGCAGCUCCAUGUUUGAUCUUGCUACACCACACAGUCACAUUCAGCGCUAUGACUCGGUGUCCAUUGUCCAGAGCAGUGAGUCCUCCAUGAGAGACUCCCUGGGAAGUAAUCGCAGUCUAGAAUCCAUAACUCUCUCCGGGGAUGAAAGGGAGUUGGGGAAGCUGCAUGUGAGGCUGUGUUAUCAAGCUUCUCAUGAGCAGAUUUGGAUCACAGUAGUCCGGUGCAAAGACUUGUAUCUGGCUUCAGGGAGCGGAGACCAUCCUGUUAUCGGGAUUAAAGGGACCAUCACCUUACCAAAGCCAGUGCAGUUCAAGUCUUCAGUCAAAGAAGGCACUCAUGAGCUGGAGUUCAUGGAGACCUUCGUGUUUGCUCUGAAGCUGCAGCAGCUCCAGACAGUGGGCCUGGUGUUUAGGGUGCUGACCCACCACCCUCGGAAGAGGACCAUUGGGGAGUGUGCCAUGUCCCUACGCAAGCUCAGCUCUGUGGAGAGCGAACAUUGGCUGGACAUCACUCCCAUUUCCAAAGCCCUGCCCUGCCAUGCUGAGCUCCACAUUGGAACCUGUUUUCAGCCAGUCAGCAACAGGAUUCAGCUGCAGAUUCUGGCUGCACAGAACCUCCCCAGCUCUUCCACACCACUGGGCCCGAGUUUUUCUGUGAAGAUGGAGAUGCACGAUGUGAAUGGUCUGGUUGCUAAGAAGAAGACCAGAGCGCUGAAGUCCACCAAUGGACAGGUGAAGUGGGGCGAGACCUUCCUGUUCCCCAUCGCACAAGGGGAGCAAGGCAUCCGUUUCACUGUGCGACUGUACAGCCGCAGCUCUGUGCGGAGGAAACACUUCCUAGGCAAGGUCCAGAUGGGCUGGGAAAACAGCUCCAGUGAGGCAACGGAACAGUGGAUAGAUACGACCACGAACCCUGAAAAGGUGGUAGUCAUGUGGCAGAAGCUGAACCCAAUCUGAGAGAGUCCUCUCCAUAGGAAUUUGACAUUUUUUUAUGUUUUUUACUACCUUCUAGUGCUUGUAUAGUUACUGGACAUUUGUCAUUCUCAUGGAAGCACGCAAACUGCCUUUUUUAAAGAAACUUCAUUCAUGGAUAUAUCAAGGGCAACUCUCUUCCAUGAUUAAUAUGGUCAACUGCCUUCUAUACAGUUUACAUUGAAAGUAACUGACUUACUGUGACUGGUCAUAUUAUGGACAAAACAAACUUCAUUGUGAAAUUACUUGUCUUACCCUUUGAAAACUGAUCAGUGUAAGAGGAGAUGAGAAUUCAAGACCAAUCGUAAAAGAAGGAACUAAAAUGAUGUUCCAAAUGGUCACUAUACAUGCUUGCACUGAGCACAUUAACUACAAGUCUCUGAUUACUGAAUCUGUCUCUGCAUUACUGGGAUUUCAUUAUUUUUUAUUCUGUUGUGUGAAUAGGAUGUCUUGGUGUUUGAUUUUUCAGCACUAUGCUUUUUUAUUUAUUUAUUUAAGAUACCAGUUAAGUCUUUCCAACUGUGUCCUAUAGACAUAGAAGACUACUAAACAAGUAUGCGAAUUGAAAACAGCAAACUCUUCGGAAAAAAAAAACACAAAGUUUAAAAGAAUACAUGUGGUAAAACUGUAAGAAGUUAAGUGGCAAUAAUGUCUGUCAGUGACGUGUACUUCAUUAUAUAUUAAACAAACUAUACCGAGCAUCAAAAGAAACUUAUCACUAUUAUAACACAGCGCCUUCGUGCAAUCGGCAUGCUGGAGGCUGGACUAGGGCAGCAUACUGUGGCUCGCCGUCCUGGGUGCUCACAGCCAGCAGUUUCAAACCUGGCGAGACGGUAUAACCAGACACACUCUAUCAAUGACAGGCCACGAACUGGGAGACCAAGAUUCACAACACCUGCCCAAGAUCGGCAGAUCAUUUUGCAGCAUCUUCGUGAUGUCAAUUGUUAAUCAGCACAAUAAAAAGUCACUUCACCUGCUCUAAAACAGAGUUCACAUCUAGUGAAUUGUAUCCAAAUAUAACUGAUAAGUUUCUUUUGAUGCUCAAAUAUAAGUGAUACGUUUCUUUUGAUGCUGGGUAUACAUUUAGCGUUUCAUUACAAAUCAAAUACACAGCAUAAUUUAUGCAGCUUUCAAACGUGGGAGAUACGAAGUGAUGCCAAUACAUAUAUUAGGUAAGAUUUAGUAGAAUUAUUUAGUUAGUUCAGUGUACUUUAGGGUUGUACUAUUUUCUGGUCAGAUUAGUAAUGGAUAGUAAUGUCUGAGAGAAGGUAGGCUAACAAUGUGCAAUAUAUACAUGAACAAUAGAUAUUUUUAUAUUAUUGUAGUUAGCGACAUGUUGGAUAUAUCUAAUAUUUUAAAAACUGUACAUUAUUUAAAAAUGUAUUAAAGAUGUUUUUGUAGUGAGAAGAAUACAAAUAUUGUUUUGUAUGUCUACACUAAAUGGAAAAAAGAUUUGAAAUAUAUACUGUCCUGUAUAUUAAGUAUUUUAACUAGUGUGUACCACACACCUUUAAAAAAAAGAAGAAGAAGAAUAUAUAUAUAACUACGGUUUAAAAUAAUAUACAGAAAAACAAGCCCAGUUUUUUUCAUAUACUGUAGUAAAUAAAUCAACCUAAAGUAGUACAUUCAAAUACAAAGAGACUUUGCAUUGCAGUUAGCAUAGUAUUCACUAGCAUGUCUUCAAAAUGUAAACAAUAAAACAAAUUGUUUAACUAACACUGGACUUUCAUGACUUCUUGUUUUCUUCCAUAUUUAGCGCCUGUCUCUCAAGUGUCUUUAGUGUACUCAUCGUAAUUAAAUAGAGAGGUCUCUGUUGUAGAAGUAGCUUUAUUCUGUGAAACACACUGCAUGCUCAUCCUCAUUUAAACCCUUCCCUUCCCUCUCCCAGAGUGGAUUGUGAGCUACAUAUUGUUCACUUCAAGGUGCA